UUCCAAAAUACGCCGAGAGUAUUCCUGAUGGUGAAACGAGCGUUGCUUCAUCGAACGCAGCUAAAGAAAACAACAUCUAUGUAGUUGGUGGUACGAUGCCUGAAAUAGGGGGCGAUAAAUUGUACAAUACCUGUACUAUUUGGGGUCCCGAUGGAACUUUGAUAGCAAAACACCGAAAGGUACAUCUAUUCGACAUCGACAUUCCUAAUAAGAUUACUUUUCGAGAGAGUGAUUCACUCAGUCCUGGUAACUCCCUAACGACGUUCGAUGUGAAGGGCUGCAAAAUAGGUAUUGGCAUUUGCUAUGAUAUUAGAUUCGAGGAAAUGGCACGCAUUUAUCGGAACAAAGGUUGCCAAAUGCUGAUAUAUCCAGCGGCAUUCAAUAUGACCACUGGACCACUGCACUGGUCAUUACUUCAGCGUUUCAGAGCGAAUGAUAAUCAAUUAUACGUUGCCUGCAUAUCACCGGCUCGUGUUCCUUAAGCAAGUUACGUCGCAUGGGGACAUACACAGUUGACCAAUCCCUGGGGAAAGAUUCUUUACGAUUUGGAAACUCAAGAGAAUAUGGCAGUCACCGAUAUCGAUCUAAAAGUUGUUGAGGAAGUAAGGGCUCAGAUACCUACAUUUUCUCAGAGACGUACAGAUUUGUACGACACUGUCUGUAAGAAGGAGUAACUCUACACUAAAACAGAAAAUGUUUUUUUAUAAUAUUUCUACUACGAUAUCCUUUUUUUGUGAAUUAUUACUAAUUUCUUAUCAUUUGUACUAAAUGAAUGACUCAAUUAAGAAAACCAAAACGUUAUAAAUAAUAAUCUGUAUAUCUUGUGUAUCAACAUGUAAUUGGAUAUUAUAAUAAUAUAGGAAUGCUAUAAUAAUAUAGGAUAA